CACUCGCAUGUACGUAAUAAGGAACGGAUACGGAUAAACAACGCUGCUUUACAAGGAGUGGCAGCGAAACAGAACGGCAAAAUGUCACUGUUUCUAAAUAUUUUGAGUGGAAUAAUUUUCAUUAUUUCAAGCGCUGAGGCUGAUAUUUAUCUCCACAACCUCCGGGGCAGCAACAAUCGGCUGGAUGAAGCUACUCGGCCCAGGACAAAUGAAAAAAGGAUGUUUAACUCUCAGAACAACGCCCGAGGGGGGUACAACGUGGGCUCCCUCUUCUACUAUCAGGGGUCUUUGCUGCCAAUAGAAUGGACCAACCAGCACUCCUGCCAUGAUGCCAACAGUCACUGCGAGAUCAUCCUGCAGUACAUGUGCGGGGACGCCGUCCGGGAUGGCGCCACUACCAAAACAAUUCCUGAAACUCAUGCCCAGUGUCUCAACAAUGACUGCAACAGCGACCGCACUUAUGGCAUGCACGAAGACUACAACUACUACAACCACUGUAAACGGCGACAACGAAAUAAAGGCCUCUUUGUUGCCGACCAGAAUCUAAACAACAGGAAUCGUCAGUUUGCUCGGAACACAAGACAGAAUCCAGCGGGAACCAGGUAUGGGUACGAGUGUCCUGAGGAGAGAGAUUACUACCCAUACUGGCACCCAACACCCUGGAAGGACAUCGCAGUGAUGACUAAUGAUGCCCAGCGCUGCCUGUACUACCGAGCCCAGAGUGAGAACGUCAAGUCUCGCUGGGCCUGCGUCCUCCUCAACGACAGCACCACCGCUAUACCCAACAACAAGGAAGACUGCGAGCAACUUGAGACCAAUGGAGUCAAGGGCCAGUGGAAGGAAUUUCCUUCACAUGGACUACCUCCCCCUGACUGUCGGGAGACAGACUUCUCUCGGGAUAAUCACCUGGGAAACGGCAUUGGCGGUCACCCCCUACUUUACAACUGGACAGUCCCGAACAUCAGCCACGAGAAGUGUGUCAUGAGGAUCCGAUACAACGUCUCAACCAACGACUACGAUGGCUGGAACACAAAUUCUAGUCAGAAUGGAAACCCAACCAAAAUCGAAAUGGCCGACAAGUAUGGCUUCUCUACCGAGGAAGCCGCUGGAACAAGAGGUUACAAGUUUAAAAAUAACCCCGAGGUGAAGCUGUUCGACGAUGCUGACUUCAGCCUUCAGCUGGCCAUCAACACUGCCCAGUAUGGUCGGGUGUUUCAAGAUAGGUCUCACACAUUUGCUAUACGCCCUCGUCCAGACCACAUUGACAGCACAAGCACCAUCCACAACUUGAACGUACGCGGCAAGCGUGGCAACAUUGUGCAGGUGUACCCUUCUGUGGAAUACGACUUUGUACCAAACACCCUGGAGAUGGGGACAGGGGAAUAUGUGCACUUCCAAUGGACUGGUUCCAACACCAACAACCGUGGCAACGAUGGAAACGGUCUGGCUGGCACUGACCGCAACAACAUCGUUCUUCUGUCUGCAAAGAAAUACCCAGAAGGCAGUGGAGCCUCCUUUGGACCUGGCGUGAAACGGGGACAUUUUGGCGUUAAUUACCCUGAACACGUGACAAAUGAUACCUUCCUGGGACUGGGAAGAAAUGAUGUAGAAAAGCUUGCUCUUCUUACCACAGGUCAGUUCGGGGGUGAAAUGUCACAGCUGGAUGACGCAGGUACAUACUUCAACCUUGACCCCAGGCAGAUAACUCAGCUAGGAACUUACCACUUCAUGUCCACGAGGAACAACGACUUCUCCAACAGGGACCAGAAGGCCCGCAUCAUGGUGUACCCCUACCCAGUGAGAUACGAGGCCAUCGGCAGCAUGGGCGGCAGUGUCACCCUGCCUAGUGGCAAUGCCAAGGUUGAAGUGAGUCAAGGAGCCUUUGACAGACUACAGAAACUGAGACUUGAGGAAUGGAGUCGAGAGGAGGGAGACAGGCAGAUGCAGGCAGCACACCAGACCAUGAAUCUCGGCAGUGACUACGUCAGCAACUUCCUGGUGGUGUAUCCACAAAGCCAGAUCGCAAGUGACAGCAAAACAUUCACCAUUGAGCUGAAGGUUGACAGCGGCAGCUCGGACGUCGUCGUCUACAGGUCCAAUGCCAACAACUUCGCGACAUGGACGCGAGUGGAUGCCAGUAUUGACGGCAACAUGGCCAAGUUCCAGGCCCAGGGAGGGGGAGUCUUCGUGGCACGCAGUACCAGCAACAUCGGGAUGGUCGUCGGGAUAGCAAUUGCCUGUAUUGUCAUUGUCGUCAUCCUCAUCGGGACUCUGGUUUACUUCAAACUGCAUCCCAAGAAGUGGCAAAGUGUUAAAAACAACGCCAAAUACAUUCAGAGAUCUACUCAGAGCAAAGUAUGAGAAAUAUUUCUGCUGGAAGAAAAACCAACUCGGCUCAAUAGGUAGCACAUUUUUAUCAACCUGACCAAUUUGAAAUCAACCAGCAAUGUAAGUUUUGCAAAACAAGAUGUUAAAUUAUUUUUCACAAAGCAGGCCCAAUUUAUGGAUAACAACUUCUUAAUAUACUGUGAUAGCAACGUUUUUUUAUGUCCUUAUUGUCAAGCAACACUGAUUAAUGGUAAGGAAUUAUAAAUAGUAGGUGAGGAUUGACCGUGACAAUUUGCAUACAGGAGAGAUUGACAUGAGUAGGUUAAGUAAUAAAAGAGCAUAGACCAUAAAUUGUGUCUACCUAGCUUCUAAGAAAUGCCAAUCAAAUAAUUAUAAGUACCGGUAAUUUAAAAUGGUGAUUCCUGACCACUCCAUCUGGUGCUGCUCCACAGUAAGUGCCGCUGGUGUCACUGUUACUGGCAGAGCUGAUAUACCCAGGAUACACUGUGUAUUGUGACACUCUGUUAUCAAUACAAUAAGCGUCACAAUACUAGAUGUCAUGUGAAUGUAUUUUAAUUUAGACAUUUCAAAGGUAAACAAAGCAAUUAUUUUCCAAAAUAUUUUUUUUACGUCAAAUGUUACGUCAGAUAUUUUAACGGCUUUAGUGGAUGUUUUGAUCAGUACCAAUACGUACAGCAUUAAGUGUGCAGAUAAUCACGUUAAUCUGUUAAAAGUAUACAUACUGUAUUCGCCAUAUGAAGCGCUUGGGAGGGGGGUAAAUUUUGUUUUGAGAGAUUGAGCGGAAGGGAACACACUUUGUUCAAAAUCUUUUCUGUAAAAAGAGUACCCGCCAUGAUAUCGCUGGAAUAUUGCUAAUAGUGGCGUAAAACCAUACUUACUCACUCACUCACUGUAAAAAGAGACAAAAAUCCAGAAGACAAUACAGACUGUCAAGUAAAUUUUCUGUCCAAGUAGAGUGCGUUUAUAAAGAUUUAUCUAGGAGUUGGUCAACGGGUGCUUGUUGGAGCAGGGCGCUUAGUGCGGUGAAUACGGUACUUCAUAGGGUGAUGCACCAGUGCAUCGAUGCAUCUCCUUAUUAGCCUUCCUCAUUGUAGUAUCUAGUCUUGACCAUCAUGACCACAGCAGGGAUUUGUCUAGAUCUGCCCCGAGGCCAAUAUUCGGCUUCAAGUCUGCAGCAACUGUCAGUAAAAAUUCCCAAAUUUAAAUGAAAAAAAUCCUUUAUGUUAAUUUCGUUAUUACUAAUGUUAUAACUUUGUCAGGGAACUUGUACUUCCACAAAUAAAGAGGCAUUAAUGCUCAGUUUUACAUUGUUGCAUAAGAUGCAAUGUUACAAUACCUCUGAAUUUAAGAACAUUUGAACUUUAAAAAAUCUGAUUUUGAUUAAAAUCAUAAUUGUUCCUCAAUAUGCCUGCCAAAGGCACUUAGUUUAGAGUCUACGAUACAGCCCCACAUAGAGGUCCCUAUUCCCUUGUCUAUAUGUCGACAUUUUAUCAGCUGGUUCCAGCAAUCUCCACACGGUUAUGAAUACAAAUACUCAUCUUUCAGUUUUACAUAUCAGAUGUGACUUGUGUAAUACAUGCAUGUAUCAAACAUCUUUAUCAUUUGGAAUCUUGUUCAUGUUCCAUACAAAUUCCACAGCAUCUCUAACAGCAAAAUAUGUAUUUAUGAUCAUAAUCAUAUUUGAUAA